CGGCUGCGGCGCGUGCUUCCUGUGAGGUCAGGUGGGAGGAAGCGGCCUGGGAGCCGCGGGGACUGGACGCCGUCGCCCGUAGGUGUUUCGAGGUCUGGGGAAAGGUGCAGCCCAGCUGGAACCCAUAGCUCCUGGAAGGAUGGUUCGGAUCUUGGCCAAUGGGGAAAUUGUGCAGGACGAUGACCCCCGUGUGAGGAACACUACCCAACCACGCAGCAGCACCCCUCGACAGAGCUUUCUCAAUAGGGGCCAUGGCGCCCCGCUGGGGGGUCCCGGCCCUCGCCAGCAGCAGGCGGGCGCCAGGCUGGGUGCCGCUCAGUCCCCCUUCAGUGACCUCAACCGGCAGCUGUUGAACAUGGGCUUCCCCCAGUGGCAUCUGGGCAACCACGCCGUGGAGCCGGUGACCUCCAUCCUGCUCGUCUUCCUGCUCAUGCUGCUUGGUGUGCGUGGACUCCUGCUGGUGGGCCUCGUCUACCUGGUGUCCCACCUGAGCCAGCGGUGACCUCCGGGGGCUGCUGGAGCAGGUGUGUGGGAGAGGGAGCUGCUGGGCCUCGGUGUGAGAGCGGGCACCUGGGGAGGAGCUUCACUGGUGCCUUGAACGUGUGCUCAGAGAGCAUGUUUCCAUGUUGUGUUAAGCAUGAGGCAGAGGGAGCCUCUAGUCCAACGUUCCCAAAGGAUCAGGUGAUACCCUCAUUCCCUGGAGAUGCAUUUCGGUCGUAUCAGGCGUUAAGCACAAAGUCAGAGCGAGAAAGGGAUUCCCUUUCCAAUUCUCACCCAACCCUUUUAUGCCACGAAGAAAGUCUGCUGUGUGCCAAUAUGUUCUUGUGCGUCUGGAACACGGGCUGACUUCCCCGUUACUAGGGAGUAGGCCUCGAGCUUAGGGCAGGUGGGAAAGGUUUCUAGACUUUUAUAGCUCUGUUUUGUUUUAAUGGGAUAUUUUUAUUGGCUACCUUUUAUUUACGACAGGUGGUACUGGUAUUCUCCUUAUUGUGGUGGCGUUUUCAAUAAAGAAAUUUAAGUAAAAGUGA